CUCUGGAAGGAACAAGAUGGCGUUCGCGAAGGCCUUGUGUCUGCUCCUCAUUCCUUGCCUCGCGCUGACUCAGAGCGUGCUUGGAGAGACGACCCCGGAUUACAACAUAUAUUACGAAGAGCGACAGGACAGCAAUGAGCCGCAUAUUGUACUCAACCGCAAUAUGAAAGAGCAUAGGAGUAUACCCAAAGAAGGCUUCACUAUUCUGCCGAGGCCCUUCGAGGAGACCAAUCCUGACCGAGUCGAGGCCGGCCAGCUGUUCGACAAGGACAUGCUGCUGACGGAGGCGCAGUGGAGGGACCUCGCCUUGAGGAAGGGCCUGGCCUCUCAGAACUACCGCUGGCCAGAGAGCGGAGACGGUUUCCCGCACGUGCCUUACCGCUUCGCCGACGCUAACGUGAACCAGGUCGCGGUCAAAGCCGGCAUCGCGCACUGGGAGCAGCACACCUGCCUCAAGUUCGACCUGACCACCAAUGAGAACCAGCCUCACCUCAAGUUCCAGAAAGGUUCCGGAUGCUGGUCGUACGUCGGAUACAUCUCGCAGUAUUCCACCGGCCAAGACAUCUCCAUCGGCCAAGGCUGCACCUCCCUGGGCACAGUCGCCCACGAAAUCGGCCACGCCAUCGGCUUCUACCACGAACAGUCCCGCCCGGAUCGCGACGACAGCAUCCACAUCAAUGAGGAAAACAUCGUGUACGGAAGAGAAAACAACUUUGCCAAGAUAUCCGACAGUUUUGUGGACAGUCAAGGAAUUCCAUACGAUUACUCAAGUGACAUGCAUUACAGCGGAUUUGGCUUCUCGAAGAACGGCCGCCUGACCAUCGCCACGGUGGACCCCCGCAACCAGGAGCUGAUCGGACGUCGCAACGGCCUGUCGCACCGGGACACGCACCUCGCCAACCUCAUGUACGGAUGCAUCGACAAGUGGAAGCAGGCGUGUAGCAUGGACAGCGACCCCUGCCAGAACGGCGGGUACACUGGUGCAAACUGCGCGUGCGUGUGUCCGCAAGGAACAUCCGGGUCUUCCUGCGAAACACUCGAAGAGGAUUAUUUUGCCUCGCAACGCAGUGACUGCAGUGCGCGCAUCACAAGCCCUGGCACGGUCACCUCGCCCAACUACCCGAGUAACUACCCUUAUGGAGUGGUAUGUGCCAAGUGGGUUGUGGCACCUGAGUGCAAGUUGCCCAGAGUCACCUUCACUGCCUUCAGGCUCUCCGACUGUUCGGACAAGCUGGAGAUUCGAACCAGCAACCGCUACGAUGGCGACUUCUACUGCGGGACCAGCAUCGCCCCGGGUACCUCGUUCACCUCCACCACCAACGAGCUCAUCCUGAUGUUUUACACAAGGACCAAUUCCGAGACGGGUUGGUCUGCGGACGUCACUUUCAUCGACGACCCCAACUGCAGCCCUGCUACCACACAACCACCAACCACUCAGCCACCAACCACACAACCACCAACCACUCAGCCACCA